UGGAGACAGUUGCUGGACCUGGAAACGGGAACUUUGUACUGAAGGACAAAAGAGUGCUGGGAAGAGGGGACAUAAGGACACCACAGUGCCCACAGCACAGCAGCGCUCUUGGGAGAAAACCAGGAAAAUUAGUGCUUGGGCAACGAUAUCCCUCAGGGAACAGGAGCCAAGCACUGGCUUUGGCAAGGGUGAGAGGGGAGGAGAAUUGAUCUUUUUCUUCACGUCUGAAAACUGCCCUUUUUCCCCUUUCUCUUCUCAGACAGUGAGACCUUUGCUGUGGCACUUGACCCACGGUGAGAGGGCUUGUCCUCCCUCCUCAUGUGGUUAGUUUCUUUCCUGAUUAAAAGCGAUUAGGUAGCCCUAAAGCCUGCAGAAAUGUGACUGAGGGGAACGGAGACAAAGAGUCCCUUCAAGAUAUCUUAAAUCCCCAGGGCAGUAUUUAGAGAGCCUUGAAGAGAGACCUGGAGCAGAAAGACCCUGCCAGGACCUCCCUGUCCUUCUCCCUCCUGCUGCACCCUUCGUUGCCAGCAUCUCCUCCACCAUGUCAUUCUCUGAAGCAGAGGUGCAAAGUGCCCGGGGUGCCUGGGAGAAGAUGUAUGUGGAUGCUGAGGACAACGGGACAACUGUGCUGGUCAGGAUGUUUACUGAGCACCCAGACACCAAGUCCUACUUCACACAUUUCAAAGGCAUGGACUCUGCUGAAGAGAUGAAACAGUCAGAUCAAGUCAGGGGCCACGGCAAGAAGGUUUUCACUGCCAUCAAUGACAUGGUGCAACACCUGGACAACUCCGAGGCUUUUCUUGGGAUAGUGAACCCACUCGGCAAGAAACAUGCCACCCAGCUGAAGAUUGACCCCAAAAACUUUAGGAUUAUCUGUGACAUUAUCUUACAAUUGAUGGAAGAGAAAUUUGGUGGAGACUGCAAAGCUUCCUUUGAGAAGGUGACCAAUGAAAUCUGCACUCACCUGAAUAAUGUCUACAAAGAGGAGGGUUGGUGAGGAUGUGCACCCUCCGUGCUCUUCAAACAUCUUGACAGCACUGAUUUGUUGCUUUUGGGCUCCCAGCCCCAGCUGGAAGAAU